ACCAGGACCUCCACAGAUAAAAGAGGAACCAGGACCUCCACAGAUAAAAGAGGAACCAGAAGAUCCAGGGCUUCUUCAGUUUCCAGAGGACCAGGAGGAAUCAGGGCCUCCAGAGAUUGAGGAGCACCAGGAUCUGGGUUCCAGCCAGAUGGGGACGUGGCCUGUUGUGACAUUUGAAAGUGAAACCUUGAAGGUUCCUUCUGUUGAGGAGCAGAGUGACCUGAGUGACCCAGAAGAAGAACCAGACCCUGAGCAGCUCCUCUCCCAGGACUCUGAAGUCCACCGUGAGAACAACCUGAUUGACUUUCCAGUUUCAGAGAAGCAGGCUGGAUACGAGGAAAUGUGUGGUGAUCCUGUCCGUAAAAAAACAAAACUACGUCAGAAGGCAAGAACAGAACCCAGAAAGAAGAAAACUUGUGACACAUUUGUAAAAAGUUUCAGUCAACAGAGGAAUUUGUUUAGCCACAUGAGAAUUCACACAGGUCAGAAGCCGAGUUCUUGUGAAAAAUGUGGAAGAAGUUCCAGUCACCAGAGUUAUUUGUUUGCCCACAUGAGAAUUGACACAGGCAAGAAGCUGCAUUCUUGUGAAGAAUGUGGAAAAAGUUUCAAUAGACAGGGCAAUUUGUUGCGCCACAUGCGGAUUCACACAGGCGAGAAGCCGUAUUCUUGUGAAACAUGUGGAAAAAGCUUCAGUCAACAGAGUCAUUUGUCUGGCCACAUGAGAACUCACACAGGUGAGAAGCCGUAUUCUUGUGAAACAUGUGGAAAAAGUUUCAGUGAACAUUACAAUUUGUUGGUCCACUUGAGGAUUCACACAGGUGAGAAGCCGUAUUCUUGUGAAACAUGUGGGAAGAGUUUCACGAAUAAGAGUGCUUUGUUGCGCCACAUGAGGAUUCACACAGGCGAGAAGCCGUAUUCUUGUGAAACGUGGAAAAAGCUUCAGUAAACAGUCAUUUUUCUGGCCACAUGAGAACUCACACAGUUGAGAA